AGGAUAACUGACAGACACCCCAAAUGGCUUUAAGCACUGUUUGGAUAAGGGUUUAACCAAUGGGUGUACGAGGGACGACCUUCCUGCGUCGGUGUGCCAGUCGGUUACCCUUGGGCUACCGUGACUCACGUAAUGUUUACAAUGUUGCUACUGACUACGGAUGUCACACACUUGUUACACUGCUAGUGCGCAUGAAAAGCUACACACGUGACUAUUAUGAUUGACAGCAUUCUAAUCAUUUUUGCACUCAAACUCAUAAAAUGUACUAAAACCAAAUUUCACCGACGGCUAGGUCUGAAGCUUACUUAGGGUAAACCUUGUGUGAACUCAGACUUAACUUUCCUUAUGUAGCUAAUGGAUACAGGACUAAAACAAAUGCUUAAAACUUCGUUCUCCAGUACCACUUGAAAAGGGACGCGGUACGCCUAUAAGUUUCCCGAGCAAAAGGUCAAUCUGCUAAAAAUAUGAACUGCUUGGCUAAGCAAUUUCCAUGCGAGCGUUUCAUAUUCCCUGUCAAACGCGAUAGGUUAGCUAAACAAAAUGCUGACAGCCGAUCAGUAUAUAAUUUCUAGAUGCUAAAUAUGUCUUCACUAUAUGUGUGACUUAUUUCUGCGUGACACUUCUAUCCCCGCUUGAUAUUUCGCCGACCCAAAUAACAGGAAAUGGAGAGGGUUGGACCAGGAACGAGGUUGUACCAGGUCCCCCACUUACUUCCUUUUGAGUCGUCUGACAAAUUGAGUCGAUGAUUUCUUUGUUUGGAUUGGGGUAGGACAAGGCCCCACGUUCUCUUGGGGAGCGUCAAAAUGUCUGGACCGGAAAUUGUUUUAAAAAAUAAUAAAAAAAAGAGGAGCCCAGCCGUUCAGAGUGGAACACCAGCAUCCCAAAAGUAUGAACAACAAUGAAGGAAAAAUUGGUCCGCUGGAACUGGACAUUGUUUAUGCAGAUCAUUCUAAAGAUGGUCCAGGGACAAGUACACUCACGUUAAUCUCACAAGAUGAAGCGCAACGGACUCAUCAGAUCUUCCAAGAUUGGGCAGAGGCGUUCUCCCAAAGUGAAGCGUUUGAAGCAUUCUUCCCAUCGCGAAUAGACGAACUGCUUGACCAAGCCUAUCACCUGGAAAACUACCUCAAAAAGCAAAAGGAACUCAUUAUAGAACGCAUGAACAGACUCUCGCAGACUCUAAAAAUAAAGUUGUAAAAUAGUGUAAUGUAGAAAGGUGUUAACUUAAGAUUAAUCCCAAGCUUAUUCCAUUGAUAUUAUUUUGUAUUUCUAUGAUUCAGUUAGUUUAAGCAGGAUAUAACCAACAAAUAUUUUACGUCAUCAUAGAAUGUACGUCAAUAUGACGCAAUAAAACACUUGCCUAAAAUGGUAUUGUACAUAUACAA